UCUCUCUCCACCAGUUUUGAAGCCUGAACCAGUUUUACGGCUUCUCGCCGCUAUACCGAUUCUUGCAACACUACAAUUUCACUCGCCGUAGUCGACUUAUGCGAUAUUUGCUGGUAGCUAUUCGAGAAAGGGUGGAAUCGCCGAGAACACCUGUUCUUUGCGCGGUAGGAUGGCAGUGGCUUCGAAGUAGAUCUUCUGGGGCUUAAGAACAGUUCUUUUGGUGUGGAGAUUAAACAUUAUAUAGCGAUUUCUUUCAUGAUCAGAACAUUUAUAAUUUGGAUGAAGAAAAACUAACGGAACAAUGGAAGACUUAUAUAUUGGAAUGGUGAUUAAGAAUUUUAUGGAUUUAUCCUUCCUGAUCAAAUUCAUUUAAAUCGAAUAACAAUUUAUAGGAAGAAAAUUCUCUAGAGUUUCGAAGCUUUGGAACAACAGAAUAGUUCUGCUUACGAAUGGUGAUUAAUAUUUGCACCAAGAUUUUCGCCGUAAUCAAAUUAAUUUAAAUCGAAUUAAUAAUUUAUGCACGGAAAACCAUCUUGAAUUUCAAGUCUUUGAAACAUCGGAGCAGUUCUAUUUACGAAUGGUGAUGAAGAGUUAUUUAUUGUUUUUUCUUAAUCAAAUUAAUUUAAAUUAAAUUCAAAGAAAACCUUGGAUUUAAAGUGAUCUUUUUUUCCUGACAUCUUUACUAAGAAUAUUAUCCAGUUAUGUUCCAAUCAAAAAUAUUUCAACUGUCCAAUUAACUGUGAUUAAUACCUGGCGUGAAGACCUUCCUGGACGCUAGAGCAGCAUUUUUUCAGUGCCGUGAUUAAGGAUAGUUGCGUUUAUCAUCUACAGUCAUAACAGAAUUAAUCCGAUUAUUAAUUGGUUUCGGAUUGUGUUCCAACAGGUUUCUAACUGGAAAAGGUAAUCGAAACUGGUUGUUGCGUUAUUUUAUUUAAUUUUUGCAAGCGUGGUAAUCACUUCCGUAAUAUUUAUUUUACUUAUUUAUCUACAGUCACUAGAAGUAGUAAAAAAAGCGUUAGUGAAUGCUAAAUUUUAUACCUGAACUUAUGUGUUAUGAUUUAAACUUAAAAUGGCUGAUUUUAUGUCAGUUCGAAAACUUGGUCCUAUUACAUUAAAAGAAUAUUUUUCGCUACUUGAAAAACUGAGAAAACUAUCUUCACUUAUUUCUUUGAUGAACUUAAAUUUGCAUGCUGUAUCGAAUUAAAUAGUGGUGUUUCAACAUGGCGGUGCAAACAAAUGUGGAUUAUUCUUAAUUGGAGAUCUUAAAAUUUACGUGAAUGUGUGUUUUAGUAACAUUUGGUGGAUUUUCCUCAAUUGUGGAUUAAUUAUUUAGGAUUUAUUUGUGAAAGGAGAUGGAAUAACAUAAUUUUUAUUGGAAUCUAUUUUUAAGAAAACGCAAGAAGAUGGAUGGUUUUCGUCACCAGGGAAGGCCAGUGUAUUACAAGCAAACUCCUGACACGUAUGCGUAUCAGAACUUGUACGGCACCGUUCGUGGUAACCCAAAUGGCAAGGUUCGGCCUGCACUGGACUUUGAAUCCGCACCUGUUAGUGGAAGAACAAAGAAAUUUAAUUUCCUCCCGUGGAAGAAAAAUAAAAACAAAGCAGACGAUUCUUUUACAGUGUCAAACGGUACUUUAUCGCGCCACAAUAAAUUCAAAUUUGGUUCUGUUUCCGCUUUAACAACUAGUUCACUUUAUAGAGACUGGAAUGACUCAUUGUCAACAACGCCUUCUUAUUCGUCUUCUGAUUUGAAACAUGCUACAGUCAGAAGCAUAAAUGGUAGGCCUCGUGGACCAGUUGCCUAUCCGUGGGAAACUUACAACAAUAAAAUUAACAACAAUAACGAAACUAUUAAUUAUAAAAAUAAUCAGUUAAAUAGGUUAGAGAAUAAAAAGUUACACUCAACAGGGGAUGACCAUCCAAAACCCAUUUCAGUUAACAAUUCUUCACCUUUAAAUUCAACUUUGUGCAAAUGCCAAAGGAAAAAUUCUGGCGCUUUUGGGACAUUAAAUUUAGGUUCAUUAAAAUCCUCAAAAUGCAACUGUGGUUUUUCCAGCGUUAGAUCUUCCAGAGGUUUUGCACCUCCUCCACCUCCAAGACGGAGAUCCAUUCUGCCUGAAAAAGUAGAUCUUUAUGCAGUACAUGAGGAUCAGGUGCAUACGGAUUCCCAGUAUUCCUGUGGCCGCCGUAACCAGGAAAAUCUUUACGAUACUCUAAAGAGGAGUAAUAAAUACAAGGCACCGAAUCCUCCAGCUGUACAGUCGGUAAAUUACAAUCCGAAUGCUUCUUCGAAUCAUUCCAAACUAAUGAAAUCUUUAGAAAAGUGCAAUAAAGACCCUUUUAGUUCUGUAGCCUCUCGAAAGUCAAUUUUGGAAUGCGAUGUCACGGCUUAUGACUUAGUGAAAACGUACUUAAAGAAGGACUCUUCAAAUGGUAGUGACAGCGAUUUAGAUGAUGAUUUAAGUGAUAAUGUAAUAGAAGAAAAGAACUCAAAUAAGGAAUUGUCCGAGAGCUUCAAAAAGGACGACAAAAACUACAAGAUGACGAUCAACAAGUCUCCGAGUCCCGUCAGCUCGGAGAGCGAGAGUGGUAUUUAUUCGCAGAACUCCAGCUUGCGAAUAGGUGGGCACGGAAUGAAAGUUCUACCUCAACUGGAUGGUAACAGUUCCCCUCAAACUUCCCUCUAUUCCGAAGGAUCUAAAACGAAUUCCGUUGAUUCGCGAACGAGCAGUUGGAGUAACAGUUCUUUGUCGGAUGAUGGUAUUUACUCCUUACCAGAACCGGACUAUGAUGAUGACAAAGAUCCGGACUCCACUCUCAGAUUUGAGGACAGGAUAUACUCCACUCCAACACCGGGAGGAGUAAAUCUUAGAAAAUACUCCAGUGGCAACUGUCUAACAAACAACGAACCAGCAUCCCACUAUUCUGAUAUCAAGAAUGGGCAUUAUGAGUCUCCUAGAUUUCCAACUAUCCGGAAAGCAACCUCCAUGAUGUCUCUGGCAUCUGGAUAUGGAGAUACUGGUACUUUGAGAGGCAGAGGAAGAGUACCUCGUGCUCCUGAAGUACCAACCAUUUCAUCAUCAUCAGUUACUCCUUCUCCCGCUCCUUCUGCUGCACCACCUCCACCCCCACCUCCACCACCCCCUCCAAAUUUUUCCCAGUGGAAAUCACCGACGCAAAUUAAUGCGAUUAAAGACAAAGAGGAAGAGAAUUUACCCAAAAGAGACAAGAAGAUACCAAUUAACAACAUGAGCUCGUCGAUCGCUUCGGAACUGGCCGAAAAGCUGAAGAGCAACAAACCCAUCCUCAAGAAAAACGAAAUUAAACCGAAGCAACCGAUGAAAGUCAAUUCCCACAAUCCUUACGCCGAGGUGAAGUCAAUCUUGAAGAAAACUGGGGAGAAGUUAACCGCCUCUGCUGUUAACGGAAGCAGCGAUGAGUCGAGUUCAAGAGAUGCUUCCGAUCUGCAGGAUGCUCAGGACACUAGAAAAAAGAAACGUGUGCAAUUCAAAUCUCUUAGCAACGAAUCACUGGCUGUGGAACGAAUACAAAGUGAGGCAUUGUCGUCGUCUGAUGAAGAAUGGGAGGAAGCCAGAGAUAGUUUUACGAGUGAUUCCUCUUCUACCACCACUGAUACCCUUCGAAAAAAGAACGACGAAGACUUUCAAACAGUUGAACAGUAUCUUAGAGCUCGCAAGGAAGAAGAAAACCAAAGCGCUAAGCCAAGAAGCAACGGUGACAAAAGUGAAGCUAAACAAAAUUCAAGAAUAUCAACAAUACCACGGCCAUCUCAACCACCUCCACCACCACCCAAUAUAAGAAAAGGAAAUGUGAAGGGGCCACCACCCCCUUCUAGACCCCUGAGCAGCACCCCUAAGAGCUAUUCACACAGUGAUCUCAGAGUUGCCACUUCAAAUAAGACUCAAAAAGACCAAAAUAAACCUGGAUUGUCCAAAACAGUAGAGUCUCUCAGGCCAGGACAGAGAACGACGCCUCUAGCUCAACAAAGUCGUGGAAAAUCUAGAGUUCCUAUCGGAGGGAAUGCUACAAUUGCAGAUUCUACAUCAUUAAGUUCCACAUCUACGCAUGCGCAUCCAAAAAACGGGGUGUCUUCCCCCGCCGCUAGUCCCGAGGCCACCACCUCUCCGCGGGGGAAGUCCUUUCACGACAAUGGUGACCAUUCCAUCCCUUCUGAACAACCUCAUAUUCCAAAUGAACUGGACAUUGAACCCACUGCAGACGAUAGUUCCUCAGAUUCUUCCUACAUGUCUGUUCCCAGUACGAACUCUCACGAUUACGCAGACUGUAGUAGUCAACCAAGUACAGAAUUGAAAAAAAGUACCGAGAAAUGCCGAAGUGAUACUGCUUUUGAAUCUUCUGUACAGAAUUUUCAAGAAAAAGCAACUCCGGUUACGUGUACCAUCGUUAAUAUAGGAUCAGAAGAAAAUUCUAAUUACAGUAUACUAAAGAUUCAAAAUGGCGUGAAUAAUUCUGUAAAUACACUGCAGGACUACGAAGAAAGGAAUUCGGAAGAAUUAUCGUCUGGAAAAAGUACUCCCCUGACAUCAGACAUAGAAGGCCCAGUAUACAGCAAACUACUGUACGUAUCACGAAGGUCACCAUCUCCACCUCCUCUUCCCAGAAGCUUGCCGCCACUGCCCCCAAAAAGAAAUGCAUGCUUGUCCAGGAAUCAGGGUAUAGCUUCAUAUCCUCCACCCCCUGAAGAAGGCUUAUACGACACACUGCCGAUGCAGAAAAGUCGAAAAAUGUCUGACCAGUCCAUCUAUGAGAGCCGGAAGUACAAAGAUACAGGUGCCACAGUAGUUACCAUAUCCAGUGGGGCCAGUGAUUCUGUAUCGGAACAUAUAUAUUUUUCUGUUGGGUCUGAUUCUAUUUAUGAGGAACUACCUGGUGACAAAGAGUCAACUACAAUAUACGUUUCCACUAAUCCAUUCGGCCAACACAGACGAUCCUUUUUUAAUGGUGCAUCAAAAGCAGAAAUACUUAAGUUCUUAGAAAGAGCCAAAGACAGAGUAGUCGAUGAGUUAGAUGAUGACACUAUUGAUGAGGAUGAGGAUGAAUUACAUCGGACAAAGAAUGUCCGAAACAAUCCUAUUCGUAUAAGCAAUAUUAGCAGCUCAAGCGACACUAGUACAGCCAGUAGCAGUAGUAGUACAAGUCAAGAGGACGAUGUAUCAACUAAUAGGAAAACUCGUCACUUUGGUAGCGUUGAAAUUGAAAGGGCCGACAGUGGAGUUGGUAGUGAAACAAGUAAACCAGCUGUCACGAGACGAAAGAAGCCAAGUGUUGAUCGUCGCAACGACGAAGUUUGUGCUGACUGUGAUCAACAGCUAGAAGCGGAGCAGUCCGAUAGUUUGAACUGCUGCCCUCUAGUGUGCGAAAAAUGUGAUAAAAAGCGAUCCGAAAGGAAAGAGAUUGUGACGGAAAUAGUGGAAACCGAAUUUAAAUACGGCAAGGAUCUGUUGAUAAUUAAAGAGGAGUUCAAAAGUCCAAUGGAGGUGGCCGGCUUACUCACAAAAGAGCAACUGAAUGGAAUCUUCCUUAAUUUAGAUGAGCUUAUCUUAGUUAAUGCUUACUUUUCUGAAAAGUUGAAAGAUGCCACAGACAUAGCCAUGGAGCAAGGAGACGAAGAUUACACCACUGUAAAUAUAGGAAAAAUAUUCUUAGAGACGACAACAAUGCUGAGAGCAUUUGAGGUUUAUUGCAUUAGACAGGGUUCGGCGUCCGUCCUGCUAACCAACUUGGAGAAGGAGAAAGAACUCCUGAGGAUAUUCUUGAAAGUGUCACAGAUGGAGAACACUCUCCUCAGGAGAAUGAACCUCUCCGCCUUUCUCAUGGUCCCGGUGCAAAGGGUCACUAAGUAUCCUCUGCUAUUAAGCAGACUCUACAAAGUGACCCCAUACCACCACAAAGAUAGAGAAGCAUUAAGAGAAGCUCAACUGAAAAUUGAACUUCAUCUAGAACAGAUUAAUCAGCAAACUAAAGGUAUAACUGGAACAAAAAUUUGGAGGAGAAUAUCGAAUAUUUCAGCAGCUCACAGAAGGUCAGUUAAUAUCUCGGAUAUUGGAAGUAUACAACUGAGAAAGAUGGCCAUGGAAGUUCUCGAAUGGAGCAAAGAGGACAUUCGGUUCGUGAUGGCCGGCAAGCUUGCCUUCAGUGGGACAAUAGACUUCACAAAAUCACGUCGAGGUAGAGCCAUUAAAUUUUCACCAAGCCAUGCUUUAUUGGCCACGAAAGGAAAACCUAACAGCAAUUACAGGCCAGACCAAAUACAGGAGACGGGUAUACUGUUUCCUCGUAAUACAGGCAUUGAAGAUGCAACUCUACUGCUCAUGAAGGAGAAAAAUGGCAAAUACAGUCUCGCAAGGGAUCCUCUUCAUCUGGGUGUUUGUGUGAUAAGUGCUGAGCUUGAAGAUGAAGAUAUCAUUGAAAUACAAGAAUACACAACAAAAGAGUCCAUUUUCCUCAAAGCUGAAUGCAAGACUGACACAAUUGAGUGGCUGAAACAAUUAAGGUACCACGCGAAAGACCUUGGAGCCUGGAAGAGACGACGAAAUGCAUUAGCCAACAUUAUGAUUAAUGGCAUGAUACGACAGCAAUAACAACUCUCUCAUUUAUUCAUUCCAAGCCUUAGUGUUGUUCUGAAAUGGCAAAACAAUUAAACCUUAUAUAUAUAU